UUGAGGCGGCCAUGUCGUUUUCGAGAGACUGAGCGUCACCUCCAGCUCCAGGGACCCCAAAAACUAUGGGACAGGAUCAUUGCACCUGCGAAAUGAAUUACCCAAAAACGAUAGAAAAAGAUAGCGAAUUGACGGGCCGGGGAGCAGAAAGGCAGGCCAUUAAUACUUGACACCUCCCGUUUCCUGCCCUCAUUCACCCCCUCCGCCAUUGCUCGCUCCACAAGAUAUGUCCUGCACGCGCCAGAGCUACUAGGGGAGAGCUGGCACAGGAGCGCAGGCUUCGGGCUCCUCCCAUCCCGGCGGCGUCCUUUUCGCGUGUUUGCUUCUUGGGAGCGCAGCCAGAGAUUCGGCUCUUCAGGGCUUCUUCCAGGCUCUGCUGCGCAGCGCAAUCGGUUCUGAUUGUCAAUGAAAUUUACAAUGGAAUAGUCCAUCACAAUGCUAUGGUUGCUUCCUGACUGACCAGAUCGAGCUUGUUGUAGUCUCUGGUCAUCUGAAAAACAGACGGGUGUUGCAACUAUGGCUUCGAAGGCAAUGCCUCAAGUUCUCCCAGAAAUGCCAAGCAUCCCAGGCCCGAAUCAAUGCUCUAAGAGUGCUUCCCCUUUAGAGAUUCCGCAGACAAACAAUUCCUGUGCUUCAGCAUUGACAGUGUUACCAGGAACAACUAACCUGAGCAAAUCGAGUCAUAAACCUGAGCCGAAGGAGCAGAAACCAGAUCACCACCUCAAGGAACCUGUUGAUGUUGCGUCGAUCAAGUCUCCUGUAGAAUCAAGCAAGAAAGUGUUAGUGGAGCAUGGAAGCAUGAAUGGAAGUUCCACUUCAUUUCAGACAUGUGAAGGGACUAGUCAAGCAAAGGUUAGUGCAAGUGCUAAGUUCACUGAUCCAUCUGAGAUUGGUGACAGGGGCAAUAGUGGAAGAUGCAGGCCUAGCACAAGCAGUGAUAUCAGUGAUGAGAGCUCAUGUAGUAGCAUGAGUAGCAGCACAAAGCCUCACAAGGCAAAUGAUUCGCAAUGGGAAGCAAUUCAGACGAUCAGAACUAGAGAUGGGAUCCUUGGAUUGAGUCAUUUCAGACUGUUGAAGAGACUAGGCUGUGGCGAUAUUGGCAGUGUGUAUCUCUCGGAAUUGAGUGGGACUAAGAGCUAUUUUGCGAUGAAAGUUAUGGACAAGGCAUCACUAGCAAGCCGUAAAAAGUUGCUUCGAGCUCAAACAGAGAAGGAGAUUUUGCAAUGCCUGGAUCAUCCCUUCCUUCCUACACUUUACACUCACUUUGAGACCGAUAAGUUCUCCUGCCUAGUUAUGGAGUUCUGCCCGGGAGGAGACCUUCACACUCUUCGACAGAGGCAGCCUGGCAAACACUUUCCAGAGCAAGCUGUCAAAUUCUACAUAGCUGAAGUCCUCCUGGCACUAGAAUACUUGCACAUGCUUGGUAUCAUAUACCGUGAUCUCAAGCCUGAAAAUGUCCUUGUUCGGGAGGAUGGGCACAUCAUGCUCUCAGACUUCGACCUCUCCCUUCGCUGUGCAGUCAGUCCAACACUGAUUAAAUCCUCAAACCCUGAUGCAGAAGCACUCAGGAAGAACAGCCAAGGCUACUGUGUUGAGCCGUCCUGCAUUAUUCAGCCAUCAUGUGCAGCCCCAACCACCUGCUUUGGCCCACGCUUGUUCUCCAAGACCAAGAAAGAUCGAAAACCAAAACCUGAAGUUGCCACCCCGAUCAACCAUUGGCCUGAGCUCAUAGCAGAGCCCAGUGAUGCACGAUCAAUGUCAUUUGUUGGGACACACGAGUACCUGGCCCCUGAGAUUAUCAAAGGUGAGGGUCAUGGUAGCGCUGUCGACUGGUGGACCUUUGGGAUAUUCUUGUACGAGCUGCUGUUCGGGAAGACACCUUUCAAGGGAUCCAGCAACCGGGCUACACUGUUCAAUGUCAUUGGCCAGCAGUUGCGCUUCCCAGAGUACCCGGUUGUGAGCUUCUCAGCAAGAGAUUUAAUUAGGGGUCUACUUGUGAAGGAGCCCCAGCAACGGUUGGCUUACAAGCGUGGAGCCACGGAGAUCAAGCAGCAUCCCUUCUUUGAGGGCGUGAAUUGGGCACUGAUAAGGUGUGCAAGCCCACCAGAGGUACCAAAGCCUGUCGAGAUCGACAGGCCAUCAAAGCAUCCUUCAUCGCCAUCAGGAGCUGCUGAUACUUCCAUUGGUGCACCCCAGAAAGGUGCUGACGGCUACUUGGAGUUUGAUUUCUUCUAGCAAAUAUGUGGGUUUUACUAUAUUGUUUCUCCACUGGAUGUAGGGUUUUCUGAUGUUAUGUUUUUUUACCAGAUGGUUGGUGCUGUAGA